AAGUUGUGUCUCUUAAACUUGAAAAACACAUCAAAAUGAGCUUUGUUUGGAACGUUUCCAUAUGUGUUACAGCUUUAGUUGUUGUAGUGAUAAGCAAAUGGUGGUACCGAUGGUCAAAUCCUAAGUGCAAUGGCAAGUUACCUCCGGGAUCAAUGGGUUUUCCGAUCAUCGGAGAGACAAUCCAAUUCUUUAAACCUUAUGGAUUCUACGAGAUCUCACCCUUUAUCAAGAAGAGGAUGUUAAGAUACGGGCCACUGUUUCGAACAAACAUUUUUGGAUCCAACACCGUGGUUACGACGGACCCCGAUGUGAUAUACGAGGUUUGUCGGCAAGAGAACAAGUCUUUCGUAACUGGCUAUCCUGGGAAAUUUACGACGCUUAUUGGAAAAGAUAACCCAUUAACUGAACAAGGGAACAUCCACAAGCAUUUUAAACAAAUAACUCUACAAUUUUUUGGUUCAGACGGUUUGAAGCGAACGAUGAUAGGAGACCUGAAUAGAGCAACCCGCGAAGAUCUUAGAUCAAAGGCUAGCCAGGGGAAAUUCAAUCUUAAGGAAGCCGUUGAAAAUUUGAUAGUAACAAACAUCACCGAGAAGAUGAUUACUAACCUCAGACCAGAGACUAAGAAAAAUCUCAUAGACAGUUUAAAGGGUUUUAAUCUUGAAUGGUUUCAGUCAUUCUUUACUCUUUCGACUUGGAGGUCGUUCUACAGACUUGUUGCGGCACGCAAAGCCGGAUUACAGGUGAUAAGUGAUGUUUACUUAACAAGGAAAGAAUCAGGAGAGAAUCAUGGAGACUUCCUCAGCAUGAUUCUAGAAGACACCUUAUUUAACGCGAAAUCAGCAAUGGACUAUAUCCUUACUCUUCCUUUCGUAGCUAAAGAUACUACUUCUACGGUCACUUGCUUGGCCGUAAAAUUUAUUGCUGAAAACCCUAAAGUUUUGUCAAAGUUGAAGAGAGAACAUGAGGCUAUUAUUCAAAACAGAGAAGAUAAAGAAUUUGGAAUUAGCUGGGAAGAAUACAAACACAAAAUACCUUUCACCAACAUGGUGAUUAAUGAGAGAUAUACGAUUCCAGCGGGUUGGAUUGUGGCAGUUGCACCUUCAGUGAUUCAUUAUGAUCCUGCAAUAUAUGAGAACCCUUUGGAAUUUAAUCCAUGGAGAUGGGAGGGGAAAGAGUUGGUCAAUAGUUCUAAGACAUUCAUGGUGUUUGGAAGUGGAUUGAGAUCAUGUGCUGGGGCAGAGUUUGCAAAGCUUCAGCUUGCAAUCUUCCUUCAUCAUCUUGUCGCCAACUACGAUUUCUCGAUGGCCCAUGAUUGCGAGGUCACUCGUAAACCACUUGUUUGUUUCCCCAAUGGUGUCCAUAUCAACAUCUCACAUUCUCCCACCAAGUGACUCGGAGAUCGUAAUUCACAAACCAACUGAAAUAAUAAGCCUAGAUCUAAGCACUUGAUAUGCUUAAACUAUAAGCUUACUAUUCACAUUUAAAUAAUUUCAUCUGUCUCUAGAGAGUGCAAAGAUUGGUUUGAAGUGUAACAACAUCUUAUACUUAAAAUGAAGAUGCCUCUUUACU